AUGUUAAGAACAAAAGAAAUCGGAGUGGUAGGCGAUUUCGCCAUUGAUAAUCAAGCUGGCAUUAGCAGAACAUUGCACCGAAUUAGUGCGAUUAGAAACCACAAAGGUGCAAUUAUCGGGAUAACCUGUCGUGUUGGUCGAGCUAUAUCAGGAAGCGCCAAAUUACUUAAAGAUCUAGUUAAAGAUGGAGCUUCUUUACUCCUUAUCGGACAUCCAGGAGGUGGAAAAACUACAAUUAUCAGGGAUGUCGCUCGAAUGCUUGCAAAUGAAUACAAAAAACGUGUAAUGAUUGUAGACACCUCAAAAUGA